AUGGCGCUCAGGCGGCCGCUGCUGCUGCUGCUGCGGCUGCUCCUCGUCCUCCUGCCUCUGCUCCGAGACUGGGGGGCCCGGGCACAGCUGCAGGGCAGGACGUCUCUGGUCAUCCAUAACGUGACUCGUGCUGAUAAAGGCAUUUACCGGUGUGAGGUGGUGGCCCCCGAAGACGUAAAUAUCGGAGCCGAGAUCAACAUCAACCUGACUGUUCACGUGAAACCAGUGGCUCCUAAGUGCCGAGUGCCCCCCUCAGUGCCUGUGGGUAAAUCCGCCACCCUCCACUGCCAGGAGAAGGAAGGCUUCCCAGAACCGACUUACAGCUGGUACCGCAAUGCUGACUCCUUGCCGGCCGACUCCAGGUCCAACCCCAAAUUCCAGAACUCUUCUUUCACCGUGAACUCAAAAACAGGCACUCUGGCCUUCACUGAGGUACACAAGGGAGACACGGGCCGUUACUACUGCAUAGCGACGAACAACGUGGGUUCUGCCAAGUGUGAAGAACAGCAGAUGGAAGUCUAUGACCUGAACAUUGCGGGGAUCGUUGGGGGCAUCUUGGUGGUCCUUGCAGUCCUGUCUCUGAUCACCGUGGGGAUCUGCUGUGCCUACAGGAAAGGAUUCUUUGUCCACAACAAGCAGAAUGGAAACAG